UACGCCUCUCCAACCCUUUUUACAAGCACUUUACAUUUUACCAGAGACGCUCUCGAAAGCUUGCAGCAUGGCUCCUCUUUUCCCGAAGAACCCGGCCGAUGUGAUGGUCAUUCGCAAUGUGACUUCCAAUGUAAUCACUAUGAGCUUGCCGUUUGCGCGGUUCGGUCACUUGAAGUUCGGAGGCCGCGGUACCUUGGUCAAGAUGGCUUCCGGCUCUGUGGCCGUGUUCUCUCCGGUCAGUCUGACCCAAGAGGUUCGCGACACGGUCAACAGUCUCGGAGGCAGCGUCAAGUACAUCGCCGCUCUGGAUCUCGAGCACCAUAUCCACCUGACUGCGUGGAAAGAGGCCUAUCCAGAUGCCGAGAUCAUCGCUCCCGAGGGACUCUGGGAGAAGCGCCAAUCCAACCCCAGGACCAAAGACACCACCCCCUUCCGUCAUGUCUUCCGCAAGGAACUGGUCGGAACGCAGAAGAUCUCGGAGGAGUUCGAUGCAGAGUUCGAAACCGAAUAUGUCCACGCCCACCAGUCGCGAGAGCUGGUGUUCUUCCACAAGCCCUCCCGCACCCUCAUCGAGGCCGACUUGCUCUUCAAUCUCCCCGCGCGCGAACAGUACUCGAAGACCGGGGAGAGCGCCACGUCGGGCCUCUUGACGAAGAUCAUCAGUCCACUCUUGAACGCGAAUGCGCCUGCCACCUGGCAGAAGAGAUUUGUCUGGUAUGCGCUGUCCAGCUCGGAUCGUAAGGGCUUUACGGAGUCGAUCCAGAGAAUCGAUAAGUGGGACUUCAACCGCUUGAUCCCGUGUCAUGGAGAUGUGAUCGAGAGUGGUGCCAAGGGAGUUUUCCGCACGGUCAUGGAGUGGUUUUUGGAGGAUCGGAAACGGACUUGAUGACGACAAAAAAAGAGCCGAGUUUCAUGCGACUUUUACUAUCGAUUAUUAAUCCCUUCGGCUGCGGAUGUUCUUUAUGUUCUGUGUUGGUUGCAAACGAUAUCCAAUUGUUGUAUAAUCAUAGUGCGGAGCCGCUUUGCGAUCUGUUAUUUAACGUUACUGCUGGCUAGCGCGUGUACUGUAAUUGUUUUCUUGAAUAUAGGCAGGUUCAAUAGUCUAAUAGGCCAAUUUCCAAAAAAUCAGCCGGAGCCGAUAAUUGGUGAAUUGGUUGUCAUUGUUCUCGAUUCGCGGGAAGUUCGAGCGGUGGGAGCUUUAUUGACCGACGAUCUGCGAUAGUUUAUUCUGGAGCCAUGGUCGGCUCAAGGCACUUAGGAUAAAGAGGACAAUGGUGAUUCUUCAGGUAGGGAACACUUAACAGCAGGUUUUAAGAAGUUACACCAAUUUGCAGAUGCGAAUCGGGGCUGCCACGAAUUAUACCAUGACG